ACCGUCGCUCCGACGCCCGGCCCGGUGCGGCCCACGACCAUGCGCCACCGCCGCGCCGAGCGGCCGAACGGCGGGGCUGCACCGGCGCCGCGUCCCGCGGCAGCAGCGUGAAGCGGCGGGAGGAUGAAACGGGCGAGGCAGGCGGCGCCGGGCGCCCUGCCCAUGCUGGGGCUGCUUCUGCUGGGCGCCGUGCCGGGGCUCUGGACCGUGCUCCUGCGGCGGGAGGCGCCGGAACUGGCGGCGCGGGGCCACCCCGGCGGCGGGCAGAAAACUUUCCGUGCGCUGCUGGCGGUGCCGGCGGCUGAGGGCCGGGAGGAGAGGGGCGGCGAGAGGCGGUUCGUCAACGCCGCCUCCACAACGCCGCCGCCGGUCACCGCGUCCUCGCCGGUGGAGCGAGGCAUCUUCUGGAGCCGCGAUCUGGAGGCGCAGGUGCCGCCGGGGUUCGCGGCGGAGGAGGCGGCAGCGUGGCUGACGGCCGCCCGCGCCGCACGCGUGGCCUCGCUGGAGCGGGGCGGCUGCGGGCGCAGCUCCAACCGGCUGGCGCGGCUGUCGGACGGGAGCCGCGCCUGCGUCCGCUACGGCAUCAGCCCGGAGCAGAUCCAGGGCGAGGCUCUCUCCUACCACCUGGCCGGCGUGCUGGGCAUGCAGGAGCGGCUGCCGCCGCUGGCCCUGGCGCUGGUAGAGGCCCGCGGGCGGCAGUGGGAGCCGGUGCGGGAGGAGCUGCGCGGCUCACACUGGGCCGAGGGCGCGGUGGUCAGCCUGACGCGCUGGGUGGACAACCUCACGGCCGUGGUGGCCCCCGCGCCCUGGGGCGCCGAGGCAGGCGCCGGGCAGCGGCUGCAGCCGCUGUCGCCGGGGGAGCUGGGCGCGCUGCCUCCCGCGCAGCUGGUGGAGCUGGUGCAGUGGAGUGACCUGAUCCUCUUCGACUACCUGACGGCCAACUUCGACCGCCUGGUCAGCAACCUUUUCAGCCUGCAGUGGGACCCGCGGGUGAUGCGCCGCGCCACCAGCAACCUGCUCCGCGCCCCGGACGGCGGGCUUGUCUUCCUGGACAACGAGGCGGGACUGGUGCACGGCUACCGCCUCCUCGCCAUGUGGGACCCCUACAACGAGCCGCUGCUCCGGUCCGUCUGCGUCUUCCGCGAGGGCACGGCGCGGCGCGUGGCCGAGCUCCACCGCCGCCGCAGCGCCGCCGCAGAGCUCCGCCGCCGGUACCGGGCGCGGGAGCCACUCUGGCCGCGCCUUGGCUUCCUCUCGGAGCGGCAGGCCGAGCUGCUGCAGGCCCGCGUCGAUUUCGUGUACCGGCACAUCGCCCACUGCCGCGCGCAGGCCGCCGCGCGAUGAGUCUGCGGGGCGAGCGGCAACCGGGGCCGCGGGAGCGCGACCGGCGAGCCCCGCGGCCGCCGGCGAUGGGACGGACCCUGCUCGGUGCCCCGUGGCUGCCGGCGGUGGGAACCGGGGAAGGGGGGUGGUCUGGCAGGAGCGGCCGGUCACGUCGUGGGGCUGCCGAGAGAAGCGGUUAACGCCUUUCUCAAGAUCUCUGAAAAUCCAAGCGCGUAAUUGGCGCCGCGUCUCCCUGCGGGAUGGGAAAACCACGAGGAUUCUGUAUCCCCGAGUGCUCUCCUUAACUCUCGUGCCGUGCUCGCCCUCACAGGGACCCUGCAGGGAAGCAGUUGGCUUUGUCUGGACUGCGGUCGACUACAUUUUCCUUCUAAAGGAGGCAGGCAGAAACAUUUUUUUGGUAUGUUCUUCCUUUUUCAACACCAUAUUUAAGUACGAAUGUUGGUAUUCAUAGACCAAGAACUGAUGGCACAGUAGGGGAGCCCCUAACUAGCAAAACUACCCUAUUUAUGAAGCUUCCUUCUUACCGAUUUUCUUCUGAGAGUGAACCUUUCUGCUGGUUGUUAAAUCUUGUGGAUGAGAAGUAUAUAGGAAGCCCCUAUUCUGUUAGCUCUUAGAUUUUUUUGUGGAUGCAUCUGGUUAAACUGAUUUGAUCCCUAAGCAUUUGUUUGUAACCAUCACCAUCGCCGUUUCUUCUGACCAGUGAGGUAACUGACUCACAGGAGACACAGGAGGAUCUCUCCAGUUUUAAAAACAUUGUGACAUGCUGAGACUUUGACACAAUAGUUAAAGUGGAGGAAAAACUGUUUCAUGCACUUUACUUUGACUUUUUAAUUUUUUUAUAAAAGAAGACCUUUUUUUUUUACAAAGUCUACCUUUUAUGUACAUCCUAUAUGUUCAUAAACUUUUCUGUAACAUACUAAAGAAACUGGUAUUUGAGUAAAGUGUGUUAAUGUUUUGCCACCCUCAUUCUGAGUGUUUGCCUGGGCGUUGACAGGACAACGUACAUCUUCUUGGGACUGGCGACGUGACCACCUCUCUGCAGCUUGUCACUUCUCCAAAUUGAGCAAACUUUGCCUCCUUCCCUCCAAAGCAAACAAAGGGAAUUGAGCCCUCAGAUAACUUCCCUUUUCUCUCCUGUUUUCCUAGCUGUUGUGUUACUGAAAGGGCAAAAGCUCUGUGAGAUGGUAAAAUAAGGCCAGUAUUGCAUAGUUUAGCUGAGUAAAGUUGUGGUGUUUUUUUAAAGCCUGAAAUGAGCUGCCUCGGGGAGCAUGGGAGAAACUGAGGCAGUUAUUCUCAACAAACUGAUACAGAUGGUGUGAGCUCAAUUGCUGCCAACCUCUGCAGGUGCUGGGAUGGGUGAUGGCACUGACCCCUUCCUACACAGAGUAGCAGGUGCCACCCGACCAGAAGCCUCUCCUGAGGUGGUGACUGCUUAUGCCUUUCCUCAGUCCUCUUAUCCUGUUUUGGUUAUAUUUACAAGGAGGGUUGAGGCAGAAUUGAGGAACAGGAAAGCUUUUUAAUCUUGCUGAAAUAGUCGGUAUGGGUUUUUUUUCAUACAAAACUUCUGUUCAUGAUAAGACAAAGUGUUAGCAGUGGGUGUAUAAAAUAAAAUACUUGAAUCUCUUGGUUCCUUUGUU